GAAUAUUCUUGUUGGUUUCAUCGUUUUGUAAUUUAUAGCAAACAAGACCAAGUCGUCAACAAACAACAUCGUUCACUAUGGAUCGUCCAUUUGUCCAGCUUUCAAAUCAACCAAUUAUUCUCUCUCUCGCUAUAUAUGUCCUUGAACCAUAACACUUCUUCAACCUAAAACGUAGUAUUUUGAAUUAAUCUGCAGCUUCAAAUCUAACUCUCGAUCGAAUAUGUGUUUCUUUGAUAUUCAGCGCGAUCGAAAUUUGACGGUGGUGAAGAUGGAUGUGGCAUGGUGGAUGGAAGCGGCUCCUCCGCAGAUAAUUUUUCCGGAGAAGCCAUCAACUUGUCCGGUUCUUGAGACCAUUUUAGAAGAACGAGAGACCGAAAAAGACGAUCAUGAACAUGUUAAAGACGACGUUUAAUGACCAUUUGAUCGACCUUUCGUCUUGAUUAUAGAUAGACCUUUUGUUGUAUUCUUCUAUAAAUGUAUAAGACGAGAUUUUGUAUAUUUACAAAUUAUAUCAUAAAAUCUUAUGAUAAUUAAUAGUUAUUUUUGGGGUAAAAUAUCUCAUGAUAUUAGUUAU